UUGGUUUGAUGGUUUUAGAGGGAUUUUGGGCAGAAGACCAAGCUACUCCAGCUAAAACCAGGAUAUCAGGAUAGUUUAAAAGUGAUUUUUUAUUAUUUUUUCAGAUUGUUAGAGAAUUUUAGGUGUAAUAAUCACAUACAUCACAUCUGAAAUGCUUUGGUCUCCCAUGAUCCCCAGAGAACAUCUUCAACCAACAAAUACAGACAUACUAGGGAGGAGAAGCGCUCAUGUACAUCAAAGCAUGAAGAGCAAUAUCAGUCCCAGCUAUUGUUACAUGCUGAGACCUGCAGUCCAUACAGUGGCGAUUCGCCGCAGUCAGACUCCCAGGAGGCCGCGGGUGUCUGGACAUGAUGUCACACCUCUAACAUCUUCUAGCCUCUGCUACCUGAAAGUGACAGCACUUGGCCGGAGAGAAAGCCUGUGUGGAUGCGAUCGCUUGUGUUUCUCUGCACUCAGUACUAGAGGAGGUGCUACAGGUACAAGUGGAGCCGCGGUUUCACCUAAAAGCAGAAAGAGCGUCCCAGAGGUCCCUCAACAUCCCCCGCAUGUCUCUUUUCUCUUCCCUCCUUCUUUCUCUCUCGCCUCACUGAAGCCGUCCGAUCGCGUUAGCCUCAUCGCAGUGCUAAAACGCUCUCUCUGCGCCCCCCUGUCCUCUGCGCUGUUGCCGCCCUCAUUUCCACCAAACAGAAACAUUUUGAAAAUCUCUCAGACAAGGAAAGAUCGUGGGCCUCACUUCCUGCGCUGGGUUUGUGUUUGAUAACGCUCAAGACAACAUAAUGCCAAUAAUGACAGAAAAUUACUCCAGUGAUUCUGUAAUUAGCUUGUGGAUCUGUUGGACAUUAUGGUCAGCGUUUUUUAGGGUGUUAUCAAAUGCAAAGCUGAAUAAUCAGCAGAGAUCAUCUCCAACAGCCACGUUACGGUCACAAGACUACACGCAAAAAUCACAGGUAGCUGACAGGAAAGCAGAAAUUUGAUUUUCUAAGCGUAUUCAUAUCAAAGAGUUAUG